UUUUUUAUUCAAUUCGCUGAUCGCUGUACUGGCACCUGGCUGCUUUCCUCUCUCUCCGUCGUCUGUGUAUCGCGUUUAUGAACUCUAAAAUACUGUCUAUAAUUUGAAGUUAUAUAUAUCAACCAGAAUAUCUGUCCACUACAAGAAAGCCAUAGUCGCUGAUGUCUCAAAACACCGGUCACAUCCCUUUACCCUCAGAUGUCACAAUGCAACCCUAUCAAACUUGCGAUAUUCUAAAAUCUCCUGAUCAAAUUACCGAAGCAACGAGGGAUUUUGUUGUCACAUUUGAUCCUCGAGUAAAUCAGGAGCCCUCAUCUGAAAUGUCCCUAUUGCAGGCGCUGACGAGAAUUAUCGAGAGGCUCUUUGACCGCGAUGCACCCGAUCCUAUUAUAGUUCAAAACAUGAAAAGCGAAAUGUUUGUUUCUAUUUCAGUCCUGUGUGGACAUCCGUAUAUUCAGAGUUUGACGACCGAUGCCGAAUUAGUGGUGAAGGCGGCCUGCGCCUCCGAAAAGGUGGUGGUGGACGUGGAAAAUUAUAUUAUCAAGCCAAUGUAUAAGAUCGAGCGCAAGACCGUAAUCUUGCGCGAAAUGCCGCCAGAAGCUGACGAACAGUUUAUCAGAGGGCUUUUCAACACAUCUGGGCCUCACAUAAAGGCCAUUAACAAGGUCAUUGACAACAUAUGGUUUGUGUCUUUUGAAUCUGAGCCGAAGAUGCUCGAGGCAUUUUUCGAAGUAAAAAAGAACAAAAUCAACAAUAGGCCUAUUCAAGUUCGUGUCAAGUCUGAAAAUUUGCUUAGGGCUACUCAAUAUCCAGGUGCCGAUGCAAUCCACGCAUUCCACAAUUACAGAUACUGGCCAUCACAUCCAGUCUAUCCCGCUCAAGUUCCUUACUUCUGCCCAGAUUACAAUCAUGCCGCCGAUGGUCACCCGACACCGUGUGCAUUGCCACACGCCUAUUUCCCCGCUUCCCAAUUCAACCUGCCUCGUAAAACGCAUUUGCUACAGGCAAAAAAAAAAAAUUCUCAGUCUGGCGGAAAUCAAACAACACAAAACACUGUAAAACGCUCUCUCAGUACUUCGGAGCUUUCCGGAAAUCCUUCAAAGCCAAAUCCCGGAAAUCACUCUAAAGGCAAUUUUGGUCCAUCAAAUCGCUUCCCGCGACGCAAGAACAUCAACUCUACCCACAAACUCAAUGCAAACCACAACAACUCAGGACGAAACCGAAUCAGGCCAGACGCCAAAAAAGACUCACAAAAGACCAAUACCUCGUCCCAAAAUAACGAUCGCCUUAUCGCUCUGAGCUUAGCACCAUCUAAUUUUCCUCCCUUAGCCAGCUGUCGCGAAUCAAAGACUCCCUCCGUCAGUCAGCAACCCUUGCACAAAUCGUCACUCACCGAGCAAACAAAAAUCGCCAAUGUGCCAAAUCCUGCCGACGUCCUACCCAAUCAUGACAACAAUACUUCGCUGGAUAGUCUCGUGUCGAACCUGCAAAUUCAACCAAAGCAAGUCUCCCCUAAACAUCACCCCAGCCAGCAGUCUACAUGUACUCAAAACACUACAUCGACGACGAUAAGUUCGGAAAGUUCCUCCGCCCGCAACCACCAACUUCCACCUCCCGCCACCUCUCAAUCACAAAAUAAAAGUUCAGAAUCUGCCUCAAAUGCAUCCCAACAUUUCACUGCCUCUCCCCCCUGUCCUCAAUCCUCUUCAAAUCUCCAAUCCCAACAUCUCAGAAAUAGCACCCGGCCCAAUCUUCCCAUCCAAUCCUGGGCUGAAUUACUUAGAUCUAGCGUAAACGACACAACGAAUCUCGACAACAUUUCCUCAAACUGACCUCCUCUCCUAAAAACCUAACAGAUAAUUUCAUCACCCCCCUUGCUACAAUAAACCUCUAAAAAAAUUAAAA